GACCCUCGAUACUCAGUCCGGAGCUUCUGAGCUUAUCUCUUUCCGACACAAACCCCCCUCCUCAACAGGCGCCUCCCAUCAGUGAGCGCUGCCCGACCCCCUCCUGGCGACAUUAAUCAUAAUCGGCAUACACUCUCCUUCUCAGAUGUUUCUCUCAUAACGACAUUAGUCCCUGGUGACACGCAGGAAGUGAGCAUUCAGGAAGAUGGCGUCCACACAAUCAGUCCAGCAACCGGACAGGCCUACGCAGGCCCGGCCAGAAAUAGGCCAAAUCUUAAUAGUAAUCCAUGAUUUCUCCGCCCGCAGCGCAGAUGAGUUGAGCCUGUCGAAGGGAGAUCGUGUCGAGUUGAUCGAGCGAGAUGAUGAGUUUGGUGAUGGCUGGUAUCUAGGGCGGCACCUGGUGAAUGGGAAUAGUGGUCUAUUCCCUCAAGUCUACACAAGAAUAGCUCCACGAGGUACCCCUUCAUAUUUCCCCCCAACUUCUACUGCUCCAACUUCGCAACCAUCGGUGGCUCUCGGUGUCAAGGCAGGAUCUACAGAACCACCCACAACCGCAUUUCUCGGGCCAAGCCCAACAAUCUUGAACGAUUCUCGAAUGUCCGCACCAGCAUCGGAUACAGAUCGAGCAUCUCAGGCUAGCCGCCAUAUGAGCGCGUCAGAGGUUCUGGAUACGUCGAGCGUCACCCCACCUCUAAAUACAACUUCAAUCUCGAAAGAACCCGAUACCGUUUCAGUCCCAAAGGUCUCUACUUCCAUCCCAGCGAGUCUCAGUAUGACCUCAGCAGCCAAAUCGCAAGUGCAUGGUCAGGACAGCCCGGUUAUGAGCGAGACUUUGAGUGUCAUUGAUGAACAUAUCACGGAUAUGAAUUCUCCGCAUAAAAGUGUAGUCGUAGACCGCAGACCAACGAAUGAUUCUUCAAGUGACUAUAGCACUCAAGUGGACCCGAGAUUAUCAUACAUCAACGGGGAGGAAACGGAUGAAGAGGAGGAUGCUAUCCACACACGAGAUGAGGUCUUAACUUGGACGUCAGACCAGGUUGCAGAAUAUCUUUUCACGGCAGGGGUUGAGGCCCAGCAUUGCGAAGUCUUCCGAGACCAGGAGAUAACUGGCGAUGUGCUCCUGGGUAUGGACCAGACUACGGUCUUCCUCAAAGAGUUCGAUCUUGGUUCCGUGGGUCGGAGAUUGAAAACCUGGCAGAAAAUCAAGACUCUUCAAGAUGAGGUUAAUGGGGAAUUAUCUACUAGACGGAAUACUGCAACUUAUGGCAGCGAUGUCAGUUCAGACGACGUUGGACGGAAUCGGAGCCGUAGCGAAACCUCCACAAUGGCAUCUACAACGAUGUUACCCAGGAUACCAAGUUUAAUGGACAGGCCUACAUCCGGACAAAACACCCGUCCGCAACACCAUAUCUCAAGGAGCAGUACUGUGAAACAGCCGCCUGCCUCGCCAAAGAGUGCACAGAGCAGCCCUAGAAAAGCCGGGGACAAACGACCUUCUGCUGCAUCUAUCCGUGAUUUCCAUCACUCACGACAGAGUUCAGCCAAUGAGUUCAGUACAGCUUCGUUCAGGACCACCCUUGUCGGAGACGCUGGGGCUUCGUCUAAACUUCAAGAUGGCCAUAAGAAGGAACCAUCUUUUGACCGAAAUUGGACUAUGGGUGGCGCAUCGUCACCACCUCUCUCAACUGCUAUCACAGGCCGCCCGUCAUCUUCUUCGGGACUGGGAGGUUUCAAUGCCAUUGCUGGAGACUCCACAGAUCACCAACCACCAGAAAUUCCGGGGCCCACCUUUGACACUUUGGAUCGGGGCUAUUUCUCUGGCGGCGAAGCUGAAGGACGACUGAGGAAUGUUCUGAAGAAGAAGGCUGGUUCUACUACCCACUCUCGAAACAGUAGCUACACGGAUGAGCAGAGGAUGCGAAGCGCAACUUCACAUUCACGGCAUUCGCGAUUCGGGAGUGUAGAUUCGAUCCGAGAUCCAAAUCCUCCUUCGGCAGCACAAAAGUACUAUGGCCUCACUGGUCGCAACCGACGAACUCCCUCGGAGGGCUCAAUCAACGCGCCUCGGCCAGUCCCCCCUCCCAAAGAUAGUCCUACACCUGCUGUGACCAAACUCGGAGGUACUCCGUAUGAGAAAACAACUGCGCCAAAAUCACCAGUUUCUCGACAUGGGAACGCGCCAGAUUGGUUGCUACCCAAACCUGCAACGAUGUCGCGGCAUUUUGGCCUUCGAGCCAUCUCGGAUGCUAUCACAAGCCAUGAGAAGUCCAAAGUUACAACUCCGAUUGACACCCAUCCCAACUCGGUUAAAGAAUCACCAGUCCACUCCCCAUCUACGAGAACAGGAUCCAGCACAGCGUCUGGCGGUCCCAGCUUUGACUUGGAUUCCCCCGACGGUAAACAUUCAUCGUCAAUGGCCACGCCUGGUGCUGCUCGCACUCCUGCUAAAAGGAAGACAAAGAAGGAAACGAGCGCGUAUACUCGUGGCCUGGAGAAGAAAACACCUCAGGAGCAAAUGGUUGGAGCAGAUUACAGCGGGUGGAUGAAGAAGAAGAGCUCAAACUUAAUGGCGACAUGGAAACCACGCCUGUUUGUCUUGAAGGGACGUCGCCUAUCCUACUACUACUCGGAAGAUGAUACGGAAGAGAGAGGCUUGAUCGACAUUUCCUUCCAUAAAGUCCUUCCAGCAGACAAUGAACUGUUAACAGGUCUUCACGCCACCAUUACUGGCGCUACCACCAGUCCCAACAUUCCCGCCGGCGCUCACGAGACGAUCGCUGGAAAAGAAGCAGCCGCUCAACCCGAAUCUACGCUCAGCAAAGCUAGCGGUGAUUCAAUGUUCAUAUUCAAGCUCCAACCUCCAAAGGCAGGACUUGCAAGAGCCGUGAAUUUCACCAAGCCAACCGUACAUUACUUCGCGGUUCCCAAUGUCGCUAUUGGUCGCCUCUGGAUGGCGGCUCUCGUCAAGGCGACUAUUGACCGAGACGAUUCCGCACCAGUUGUCACUACCUAUCAACAAAAGACUAUUUCCCUCGAGAAGGCUCGCAGAAUGCGCCACCGCCCUCCGGCGCUCAUGAACCUCGACGAGCAUGUCGAUGAAGAAGCAAUGAAGACUCCUGCAAGCGAUAAAAAUGGACUGAAUAUCCAGGGGAUCAUCUUUGAUGGCGAGUCUCACGAGGGCGAUAGCGGGGUCUCCGGUCUUUCUAAACCCGAUGAAGCGAAGCCAGAGAUUGCGGGGUUGAGUAAUGGCCAUGCGGGUGGCGGGACGGAACAUGCUGGGAAUGGAGACGAGACCAAGACGGCUUGAUGAUUUGAUGACUGGACGGACGUGAAGGAGGCCUUAAUACCCGCUGUUUAUACCUUCUCUGGCACGUGCACAUCACCUUCUUUUUAAUAUUUUCCUUUCAAUGCUUUUUCCUCGAGGUACAUACACUUCUUGACUCAAGAGAACCCGGCGUGCGUAGGGCUCAGCUGGCUGGGUUAGUGGAUCACGAGGGGUGGAAACGGGUUUACGU